AUGUCCAUCUUUCCAUUUAUCGACUUUGUUUUAUCGGAGAAGUUUGAAAGCAAUACGCCGGUCUGCCCCCCCGAGUUUAGCGGCCACCGCAUCAGGCAAGUACAGCCGGUUUCACGCCAAACCCCUCGAUCUUCCUCGAUCUGCUACUCUGGAAUCGAUGCUUGUGACUAUUGCGAUGGCGAUCAUUGCUCUAGAUGCCAUCGCAUUGCCCGAGAUACGAGCGUGAGCCCAACUCGCUGCCCUCGCCUCCUUCGUUUUAUUGCUACAUUAUCCCAAUCCUUACAGCAAUACCUGCUCGAUGACCGCGACAGGGGAGACUUGCCCUUAGCAUCAUCUCUAUACGACAUGACCUGGCCAAUGGAAGAAAUGCCUCACGACGACGUGGUCAGCUUCCGUCUGAUUGCGCUGUUAUAUUGUACGCUGGGGCUGAUCUGUAACGAGAAGGACCGAUUUCUGCCAGAUAUGGCUAUGGCAGAUAACGAUCUAUAUGAAAAUGGCAAUAUCGCAGGCUCUUCUGGGCAUCCUACAGACCGGAUACGAAACGCCGGCGUUGACAGAAUCGAUCAUAAGCCGGCAGGUUGUACCGAGGACCAAUUGGCUCAGGGUGCUGCUCACAGCAGGACUUCCGCGGUGCUAGAAUAG